AUGGACGGUGCUCCUUUAUACCAGAGAUUCCCAAAGGUGAAGAUCCGUGAGCUCAAACAUGACUACGCCAAGUUCGAGCUUCGCGAGACCGAUGUAUCCAUGGCCAAUGCUCUCCGCCGCGUAAUGAUCUCAGAAGUCCCCACCGUCGCAAUCGAUCUUGUCGAAAUCGACACUAACUCCUCUGUGCUCAACGACGAGUUCAUCGCUCACCGGCUAGGUCUCAUCCCUCUCACUAGCGAGAGAGCAAUGAGCAUGCGCUUCUCCAGAGACUGCGACGCCUGCGACGGAGAUGGGCAGUGCGAGUUCUGCUCCGUGGAGUUCCACCUCCAAGCCAAGUGCGUCACCGACCAAACCCUAGAUGUCACCAGCAGGGACCUGUACAGUGCUGAUCCCACUGUUACUCCGGUUGAUUUCACCAUUGAUGCAUCUGCAUCUGAUUCGAGCGAGCAAAGGGGAAUUAUCAUAGUGAAACUGCGCCGGGGACAAGAGCUGAAGCUUAGGGCGAUAGCGAGGAAAGGAAUCGGGAAAGAUCACGCGAAAUGGUCUCCUGCAGCUACUGUGACUUUCAUGUAUGAGCCUGAGAUAGUCAUCAACGAAGAUAUGAUGGAUACACUGACUGAUGAUGAGAAAAUCGACCUGAUUGAGAGCAGCCCGACGAGAGUUUUUGGCAUGGAUCCAGUCACUAGACAGGUUGUGGUGGUUGAUCCGGAGGCAUACACUUACGACGAAGAAGUGAUCAAGAAAGCAGAAGCAAUGGGGAAACCGGGGCUGAUUGAGAUCCAUCCGAAAGAGGAUAGCUUCAUAUUCACAGUUGAAUCCACAGGUGCAGUGAAGGCUUCACAGCUGGUACUCAAUGCCAUUGAUCUCCUGAAGCAGAAGCUUGAUGCAGUCCGUCUCUCUGAUGACACUGUAGAAGCUGACGAUCAGUUUGGUGAACUCGGUGCUCAUAUGCGUGGAGGAUGA